AUGGAGGUCUCAUGGGAGCAAAGUGUUACAGACUCUAUCAACACCAUAUACCUGCUCUUCUCAGCUUACUUGGUCUUUGUGAUGCAACUUGGCUUUGCCAUGCUAUGUGCUGGCUCAGUCAGGGCCAAGAAUGCCAUGAACAUCAUGCUUACAAAUGUUGUUGAUGCUGUUGUUGGGAGCAUCUCUUAUUACCUCUUCGGCUUCGCUUUUGCAUUUGGUGAAGGUGCCAAUUCUAACCCUUUCAUAGGUACAACCUUCUUUGCUCUCAAAGAUAUUCCCAAUACCUCAUAUGACUAUAGUUACUUUCUUUACCAAUGGGCUUUUGCUAUAGCAGUUGCUGGAAUUACCAGUGGCUCAAUAGCCGAAAGAACCCAAUUCAGUGCCUAUCUUGUUUUCUCAUUUUUCCUUUCUGGAUUUGUGUACCCAAUUGUGGUUCAUUGGGUUUGGUCAUCAAAUGGUUGGCUGUCUCCUAGUUCAAGUAAGCUGUUAGGCUCUGGUGCUAUUGACUUUGCUGGCAGUGGUGUGGUUCAUCUGGUGGGAGGGAUUGCUGGACUUUGGGGCACUUUCAUACAAGGCCCUCGAGUGGGUCGGUUUGAUGCGUUUGGCAAACCCGUUCCAAUGCGUGGGCACAAUGCAACUCUUGUGGUGCUUGGAACAUUCUUAUUGUGGUUUGGCUGGUUUGGGUUUAAUCCUGGCUCAUUUGAUAAGAUUCUUGUGGCCUACCCUAACACAACCGAUCAAGGUAACUGGACUGGUGUUGGCCGGACUGCAGUAACAACUACAUUGGCAGGUUCGACAGCUGGAAUCACAACCCUAUUCGGCCGGCGAUUACUAGUUGGCCAUUGGGAUGCAUUAGAUGUUUGCAAUGGAUUGCUUGGCGGUUUUGUUGCAAUUACUUCAGGAUGUUCUGUCGUGGAGCCAUGGGCCGCAAUUGUAUGUGGGUUUUGUGCAGCUUGGGUCUUGAUUGGGCUAAACAUCUUGACCCUAAAGCUGCAAUUUGAUGACCCAUUAGAAGCAACUCAACUGCACGGUGGGUGUGGUGCUUGGGGUUUGAUUUUCACUGGAUUAUUUGCCAAAGAGGAGUUCGUGAUCCAAGCUUAUAAUUCAGGCGAGGCAGGUGUGUCGAGACCCUAUGGCCUUUUAUUGGGUGGUGGAUGGGGUCUGCUUGGAUGCCAAGUGAUUGAGAUUUUGGUAAUAGUAGGCUGGGUUAGCAUAACAAUGGGACCUGUUUUCUUUGCACUUGACAAGCUUAAGAUGCUGAGGAUAUCAGUUGAUGAAGAAGUAGCAGGCCUUGAUAUCUCUAGUCACGGGGGCUAUGCCUAUGCUGCGCAUCCAGAAGAGAGCCAUCCUCGCUUCUAUGCAGAUUAUAUGCGUAUCCAAGAUCAAAAUCAUUCAUGA